AUGGAGGGAGAGACUGCGAGGAAGAGGAAGAUGCCCCAGGACACCCAGAUAGGUGAGGAGGAACUUCAUGAUAGGGAGAAGCCCCACAAGUGCUUGGAGUGUGGGAAGAGCUUCAGGCAGAGCAGCACCCUGAUCCGCCACCAGAUGAUCCAUACCAGGGAAUGGGCCUACGAAUGUGGGAAGGGCUUCAGUUACAGGUCCACCCUUGUGACCCACCAACGCAUCCACACCGGGGAGAGGCCCUACGAGUGUCCCGAGUGCCAGAAGAGCUUUCAGGCAAGCUCUGAUCUCCUCAGGCACCAGCUCAUUCACACUGGGGAGAGGCCUUUCUGCUGUCCUGACUGUGGGAAGGGCUUCAAGCGCAAGUCCCACCUCAUCAUCCACCAGCGCAUCCACACUGGGGAGAGGCCCUACGAGUGCCCCACCUGUGGGAAGAGGUUUCAGACCAGCUCAAAUCUCCGUCUGCAUGAGCGGAUUCACACAGAGGGGAGGCCCUUCCGCUGCCCUGACUGUGGGAAGGGAUUCAAGCAUAAGUUCACCCUCAUCAGGCACCAGCCCAUCCACACAGGGGAGAGGCCCUUCGAGUGUCUCCAGUGUGGGAAGAGUUUCACCCAGAGCUCUGACUUGACCAAUCACGAAUGGAAGCACCGGUAA